GAGAAAAAAUUAAACUCCGUCUUAGAAACCCCUAAUUUGUAUUACAAAAAAUUCAAAAAGCUUUGUAUGAUCAUAUUUGGAAAUGUAAAUGGACAUAUUAUAUCAAGAAGCUUCUCGAUAAGAUCUUAUAUCAAGUAUUAACGAGGACGAGGAGAGGGUACGAGCAGAAAUUCGCGUGAGCGUGCGUAGAAGAUUAAAGACUCUUUGGGGCCCUCUCGUUGUUACGCUUGCCCUGUGCUCUUCGAGUAAAAGGAGGAAAAGGACUCCUCUAGGAUUAACCGACCCUCCUUUAAUGGCAAAGGAUUUAAGGGGAUCAGCGAGCAUUAGUCGGCGAAUCUCGCGGUUGGUCAGGAAUACUAUCUUCGGUCUCGUUUCUCGCGGAGAACACCAGGUUUGGGGAAAUAAUUGCGUGUCGGUCGGUCGGUGAAAAAUAGAGUCCCUAGAGAUUAACCGCGCGUCUUUAUAGAACUACGUGAAGGGAAUGGUCCACUCGUAAUCGACGUUUUCGCCGCGUGCCACACAUUCCACGAUCUUGUCCACAACUGCUGCUUGAAACCCAAACGACGUACAUGGUCCUCGUUAUGCCCUUGUGAAACGCGAAAUCACGUUGCGCUCCUCGGAAAAUUUCCAAAAAUCAACGAUGCGUAACGCGUAACGAUAACGAACCAACGACAUUGCGAUAUCUUCUUCUAAGAGGAGCAUGGUACACUUAUAGACCGAGAAAUAAUUCCUAUAAAUAAUUCGGCAAGGGCGCUGGGCUGCCAUAAAGAUAAGAGGGAAUCCGUGUUGUUUUCACCUUUUACUUCCGCUCGAACAAAGUCGAGUCUCGCGAAAAGGAAACAAAUUGAUCGAGAGGACGAAUAAGACGAACAGUGUUUAGUUUGUGGCCGGUAUGGAGUGGCAAGAGAAUAACGAGAGCCUCUUCGACACCGGCAAUUACGUACUGAACACUUUGUAUUAUAUCAGCAAGCUGAACGAAUCGGUGAAUCCCGAGGCGAUCAAGUGCCUCGAGCGUAAACAGGAAGAGCUGCAGCUGUUGUCUCUUGGGACGCAGCAGGAGGAUCAAGGAUGCGAAAUCAGCUGGGAUUCUUUAUUGUGUUGGCCGAGAACACCUCCCGGUACACUGGCCACGCUACCGUGCUUCGAGGAACUGAAUGGAAUACGCUACGACAGCAGCCAGAACGCGAGUCGCUGGUGCAGGCUAGACGGUAAUUGGAGCAACUAUACCAACUACAGCCUCUGUCGAGAUCUCCGCGUGCCAGAGAUCGAGGGCAGUGUCGAGGUUAUUUCAAACACGAUCUACUUCGUUGGAUACAGCAUCUCCUUGUUUACACUGAUCAUCGCCGUUUCUAUUUUUCUUUAUUGCAAGGAACUCAGAUGUAUCAGAAACAACAUACACACGAACUUGAUGUUUACCUACAUCCUUGCAGACCUGAUGUGGAUUCUAAACAAUGUGAUGCAGGUGUCCAUGCAACCGGACGUGCCAACCUGUAUCGUUUUCCUGUCUCUGCUGAAUUAUUUCCAAUUGACUAAUUACUUUUGGAUGUUCGUAGAAGGUCUGUAUCUGUUCCUAUUGGUCGUCAAGACUUUCACAGGCGAUAAUAUCAAGUUGAGGCUGUGUCUUGUUAUAGGAUGGGGAAUACCAGUCCUCUUCAUCGCCAUGUGGGGUAUCGCCAAAUCGUUGGAUCAAAGUAUCAUGAUCCAACCAAAUCAGGAAGUUGCACUGGGCAAGCACUGUCCCUGGAUGGUGUCACAUGCUUACGACUGGUUCUACCAAGCCCCCGCUAUUUUGGUGUUAUGCAUCAAUGUGAUGUUUCUUUUCAUGAUAAUGUGGGUGCUGAUAACAAAGCUCUGGUCAGCGACGAACGCAGAAACCCAGCAAUAUCGAAAGGCGAGUAAGGCGUUACUCGUGUUGAUACCUCUCCUUGGAGUAACUUACGUGCUGGUACUGACGGGACCAACGGAGGGUCAGGUUGCUAAUGCAUUCUCUUACACUCGAGCCGCGUUCCUUUCUUCACAGGGCCUGUUCGUCGCGUUAUUUUACUGUUUUCUAAACACCGAGGUUCAAAACACAGUGAAACACCAUAUCGAACGAUGGGCAACAGCUCGCGAUCUGGACACAGAAAGAAGGUAUUAUAACAAUUGGUCUCCCCGUUCGAGAACAGAGAGUAUAAGAUUGUACUGCCCACCGUCAAAUCCAUACAGAAAAAGGGAUUCAUCCGUAAGCGAGACGACCACAACAACCGUAAUAGGAUUAAACUCGACGACCACAUUCCUAGAUAAAUCGAAAAAAGCUAUUUCGGAGGAUCUGAACGAAUAGGAACAAUUCUGAUCUCACCAAUGGACCGAUUAGAAUCAUUAUCGAAGAAUUUGUUAAACAUUCUUCUUUUGAAAAAAUAUCCUUAAGCAAAUCAAGACCUAAGAGAUACCAAUUCUCUUUUUGCUUGUAAGUGUCAUUUUCUUUUUAUCCAAUCGUCAAAGGAAGAAAUAAUUAUUUGGAAAGAUGGAGAAUUGUUAUUUAUUAUUUGAAGGAGGUUUACGUUUGCCAGUGUGAAAUAUUUUGAGCAAGAAUAUAUAUAAAAAAGUAAAUUGAUUGUUAUGAAUUUUACGAAUGUUGGAAACGAGAGGGAAGUAGUGAAGGGGGCAAGAUAUUGAAAUAUAUACUUUGUCACAAAAUUGUUCAUAAAAUAAUGGAAAUUAAAAAGAUGAACAUAUUUAUAUAUUACGAUUUAUACUUUUUGAUAUGUUUUCACUUUCUUUUGUUUUCAAAAUAAAACUAAUUUUUAUUAUUCUGGAAUUAGCAUUUUUUCAAUAUAAUAUUUGUAUAAAUUAAUUGCAUUGUAAUAUGAUAGAAAACGAUUGUGAAUGGAUGAUUAAAUUUUCUUUUUUUGAUACGAUUUCUUUCUUUCAUUGCCAAAAUAUACACGUAAUAUACACGGAAACAAAUGAAAUAAAACGAUGCUUUGGAAAAAGUGGCGACAUAUAAUCUUUUUAGUUUUGUUGUUAGUUUCAUUUUCAAUUUCACAAUCAACCAUCUCAUUUCCAAGAUAUUCAUAAAAUUACAGGUAAUUAAAUUAACUUUACAAUUGAUAUUUUCCUAAAAUGUACUUGAUAUAUGCGUCAAAUUACUUAAUGUAUAAAAUAUAAUAUCUUUCUUUUGUGAAAUAACAAAUCUCCUGAGGACUCUUAAACUUCUGCAAGUUUUGUUAAAGCACAAACAAACGAAAACAACGCCGGAUAUAUCUCUAAAAUAAAAAUAUUAGAUUUCUCUCUCCCGUCAAUCGUAAAAUUUAAUUUAAAACACAGAAAAACGAACAAGUCCACAAGAAUAUUUCUCAGAUCUUUAGUGCUCCACAACAGUGUCAUUUUCAGGGGAACAAUAUAUCGUAUUGAUUCGUCGUAAGGAAUGGUUGGAGAAAUUAAAAAAGAUCUGAGGAUAUACAACAAUGCAACGAUGCUUUUAUUUUGAAUUACCAUUUUCGUUAGGAGAAGGCUAGCCUCACAUUCUUGCCCAUUCACACGUUCCAUUCGUGCCUCGCCACUUUCGCCUCCUCCACAUUCGCUUCACUCCAUUUUCCCUUCUGUUCUUUUUUAUUCUCCUUUUCGUUUUUUUUUCUUUUUUUUUUCUUUUUUUUUAAUUUCAUUACUUCGUUUCACGUCUGUUCAGCUCAAGAGAAACACAAACGCGUUCGAAUCAGAGGGAAAUCAAUUUCCCUGUUUAAAUUCUACGACACCCAUCAUCAAACUUCCACAAGUGGACUCCUGUAAAAAAGAAAAAUCCGUGAGAAUUCUUUUUUUUUUUACUCUCCCUUUUUUCUAUGGUACAUUAUCAAUUUUUUUCGUCGUUCUAUUAUCGUCAAACGUAAAAAUUUCGAUUUUGUGAAUUGAGAAUUUGAAAUCAAAGUUUGCAGCGUAAAAGGACAAAGAAAUUCCGGAAGAGAAAUUAGCAAUUCAAACUGGGUGAUAGUUCUAGAAAUGAAAUACCGUUAAUAUACAUAUAUAUGUUUUACUUUCUUCUUAAAUGUAUUUUAUUGUUUAAUAAUAAAUGUACUAAAUAUAUAAUAAUAUAUAGAUAUGUUAUAAAUUAAUAAAUAUAUUAAAAAUGUUUUAUUAUACUUUUAUAUUUAUUACAUACGUAUAUGUGUACUUACAGUUAAAAAGUGGAAAAGUGCUUUGUACUAUUAUUAAAAUUUUCUGCUAUUCUACCCAGUUUCGAUUGCGAUUAAAAAAAGGAUAAAAGAGUCCUUAAAAAUAGCUCUAUUGUCAGAAACGUACAUUAGCAUCGCUGUAUGUGUUGAUAUCUCUGGUGCGGAUUUAAUUAUUUAGAAAAGAAAAAGGGCAGAAUUCUUGAACAUUAAAUGAACUUCGUUAAGUUACCUUGCAUGCGAAAACAUAUUAUACAUAUCCGCACAAAAAAACUAUUUCAACACAAAAACUUGCCUACUACAUCGUUAAGUAUUUACGUUUGUCCAUAAUUGACAUUUAAAAAUUAUAAAAAAAUUAAUUAAAACAAUACUAAAUAAUACGUUUAAGGAAAAUAUAUCGUUUAGCUUCAUCGUGUUGCUAUUACAAAUUUGUGAUCGUCCUUGUUAAAUAUCAUUUUUGUUUUUGAAAUAUAAAUAAAAAAGGUACUUGUAAGUAAGUAAAGUAUUUGUAUCAAUAUUUUAAUAAGAGAGAAAAAGUAUUUAUUAUUAUAAGAAAAUGUUAAUGAAAACAUUAUUUAUUUUGACUCCAUUGUAAGCAUGAAAGCUUUAUUGAGUAUCGAAAAUAUAUUGUAAAUACUUAUUAACAAUCGCUUCCGUAAAACGUUGGGCAUCACUAUAUUCCCAAGUCCGUGUACAUAUCGCAAACUUUUCCAUUUCACGUUAUUUAGUGAUAUCAGAUGACCGAUUAUCGUAUUUUACAUGUAUCAAGACUUAUAAAACGUGUUACACAAUAUCGUACGUGAAGCGUGUGCUUGUAUCUAUAAAAAAGUUCCAAGAACAUUACAAUGAUCGACAUUAUAUUAGAAAUAAUUAGUUUCGAUUAUCUUUGGAGCAAUAUACGCGCGCGCGCGCGCGCGUGUGUGUGUGUGUGUAAAAGAAAGAUAAAGUAAUAUUAUGCCCAAUAGUAACAGGAGAGUACGUUACUCGGGGUUCAAAUUUUGUCCAAAGAUCCAAGAAGAUAAUUAUUUUUAAGUAGCUAUGAGGUGUAAGACCGAAGAAAUGGUACCUGAUAUGUCGUAAAACUUUAUUUUUGCGUUCAAAUAUAAUCAAAUGAACUUAUAUUUUGUACAGAUUGAAGUUUAACAUAAGUUAAUCAAUCUAAAACUAUUAAUAUUAAACAGGCUAAAAAUGUUAGGAAAAUGAAAAUAUAUUGAAUAAUAUCAAACACACUUAAUAACCAUGAAGCGAUAUAUAAUUUAAAAACUUUCUGAGCAAUAUAUGUGUAUAUUAUAAUAUAAUUUAAAACUUGUAUAAAAUUUGUAAAAUAUUCGAUAAUUUUUAGUAAAUAAAUAUACUAUAAUUUCGUUUCAUUUGUAAAAAUGGCACAGUGUAAAACAUCAGAUAAAAUAACGUGACAAACAAAUGAUCUUUGGACCUUAAGAAAUCACCCCCUAAAUAACGCUAUCGCUUAACAUUUAUUUUACUAUGAAUCAAGCGAUCCGUAUAUGUUUAUUAAAUAACUUCAUAUAUACAAAUUUGUAUAGAGACAAAUUAGAAAAGAGUCAUGAAUGGUAUAUGUUAUUCAAUGUGUUGUCGUUUUAAACUACCAUUUAAUAUAUGCCUAUCGAUGUAAGAACACAGUUCUAUUAAGACAACAUGUCUUAUGUUACGGUAAAUUGGACUAAAUUGUUUACGAUAAUAAAUUCAUUCGAUAAAAAUGAUUAGAUGCCGUCUAUCACGAACUACAAAUAUAUACCAUAAGCAGUCGAAAAGAUUUCGACUUUCUUUUCAGUGGAGAACAAAUUUAUCAAGCUAGAUAGUUAAAAUGCAUAUUGUUAUUGUUACUGAAAAGGAGAGUAGUUUGCAAUUACAAUUUUUAACAACAAAAACACAACUGAAUCUGACACAACAGAAUCGACAGGAUAAAUUUUGAAUGAAAUUUAAAAAUGUUAAAAAUUAAGAAGUAAGAGAAGAAAUGUAAUCUUCUAUAUGGAAUGUCAUAAUGAAAAAGCAAAAUGUACUAAAAAGAAAACAGUACUAUUGUUUAGAUUACAAACCUAAUAUAUGUACGAAUUAUCUUUGUUUUCCUUCACAUCCAAUGUUAAUUUAAUAUUACAUUAACAACUGCUGUAAUGUUCACAUUGUUGUUGUGACCACUUUAUGUAAGACCUAACAAUACUUUGUACAAGUUUUAUGAUACAAAUAUAUUACGACAAUUCAGUUUAUAUACCAUAUAA